AUGAUCCAGUCUCCAUUGCCUGUUGUACAAGUUAAUAAGUCCUCUAUAUUUAAUUACUUAGAUGUUCCUGGUGCUUCUGUCUCAUGGCCUCCUGCUUCAAGUCUAAAGAUUGUAGUCGGAUCUCUUGGAAAAUCCUGUGUACAAACAUGUAUGGAACUUCACACACCUGAACCUAUUCUAAUGUCAUCUAUUGAUCAUUCCGCCAAUUCUGUUGUCAAUACAACAGAAGAUCAGCAGAUAUGGACUGGUUACCUAUAUUAUCGUUCUGUAUAUGCUACUCCUCCACAAAACUACUCUCGUUUGCACGCACUUCGCUGUGCUCCAGAACAUUUCCCAAGUGUUAAUCAUCGUCUUAACCUUCAGUAUUUUGGCAUUUUCUGUCCUAAUGUUACUUACGCAUCGAGUUCUGUAGCACCAUUUUGGAAUAUGGCUACAAAUUCCUGUGUUUUUCAAGCUGAUCAACAAUGGUUUGAUUGCACGGCCUCGGAAAACGAUACUGGAUUUCAAAACUUUUCCCGAUUCUGUCCAUGUCGUGAUGCGCUUCCUAACCAGAUCUCUAUAUGUCCUAACUGUUUGUAA